UAUACUCGUAUAUCGCACCUCAAAAGUUACACAACAUAUCGAAUCUCUCUUUAGUUUUGUACGCACCUAGUUUUUACGACCGCGAAAGAGCAUCAUGACGGCCGACUUCGAAGGCUCCGCGCCGGCUGGCCGGGUUUUGUCCUCAAACUCAGCCACCAACCCGGGAAUCUUUCCCAACGGCCACUUGGGCCACCUGAACGCAACCCAGGAGGAGGCUCUAGAGCGCUUCAAGGUGGUGCUGGCCGAGAAGGGCCUGUGGAAAGCUGGCCCUCCAGCUUCGCACGACGACCAGACGCUGCUGCGGUAUCUGCGAGCCAGACGGUGGAUCGUGGACGAUGCGUUGGUUCAGUUCAAGGAUACCGAAGAGUGGCGGGCGGCGAACAACAUUGAUACCCUGUACCAGACCAUUGAGCUCGAGGCGUACGAGCAGAGCCGUCGCCUGUAUCCGCAAUGGACCGGCCGCCGUGAUCGUCGCGGCAUUCCGCUCUACGUCUUCGAAAUCCGCACCCUCGACUCCAAGGCAAUCGCCAACUACGAGAAGCAGGGCGCAAACAGCACAUUUUCACAGGCCAAGACCGACGGCAAGACCCCUCCAGGUCUGCUGCGGCUCUUCGCCCUCUACGAAAACCUCACCCGCUUCAAUCAGCCAUUCUGCACGCAGCUGCUGGACCGCGAGCACGCCGAUGUGCCCGUCACCAUGAGCACUAAUAUCGUGGAUAUCUCUGGCGUUGGACUGAAGCAGUUUUGGAACCUCAAGGGCCACAUGCAGGCCGCAUCACAGCUGGCCACGGCACACUAUCCCGAGACGCUGGACAGAAUCUUCAUCAUCGGCGCGCCCAUCUUCUUCAGCACAGUCUGGGGCUGGGUCAAGCGCUGGUUCGAUCCCAUCACCGUGUCCAAGAUCUUUGUGCUCGCUCCCCACGAGGUCAAGCCCACGCUGGAGGCCUUCAUUGACCCAAAAAACAUCCCCAAGAAGUAUGGCGGUGAGCUCGACUAUACAUUCGGCCAGCUGGGCAUUCCCGAUCCUGCGUGGGAGGGUGUCAUUCGCUGGGAGAAGGGCUACAGCUCGUUCCCCAGCGGACCGCUGCUCUGGGAGGACGUCCCGGGCGAGGACCGACUGGCGUGUGUUCGACUGGGUGCCGAGAAGGGCAAGACGCAGCGAGAAAUCAUCUGCACGCUCCCCAAGGCGUUCAAGCUGGCUGAAAAGACGGCCGAAGAGGCGACUCAAACAGAAAGCGUCGCAAACACAGCGACAGAGACCACAACUGCGACGACCGACGACGUGUCUGAGGGAACUCAGACCACAGAAGCUACUCUCGAUGGAACGACUGACGAAACAACACAGACGGAUGGUGCCGCCGAAGCGAUGGAGAAGCUGAACAUUAACAGCGAAAAGACCAACGGCACGACGACGGCAGAAGUGACUACCAUGCCCACUGCUACUGCUACCGCCGCAGCAUAAAACACCUCAUGAUACAUACAAAGGGCAAAUGCAUUGAAUAUGAGCACCCAUGCAUUCAUUCAUAUUAUGUUUUUUGAAUAGCGCUAUUACAUAUUGCAUACAUGUAUACAGAAUGCCUCUUCAUAUGCAUCCCCCGCAUCUUUUCGACAUUGUAUAUUGCGGAAAGAUAAAAGGGAGACACACUAUUUGUGUGGUUUGACAUUGUCGGAAUUUAUAACUUUUUUUUAUCAUCCUCGUCUUGGAGAGGAGAAGAGGAGGAAACUCGGACGGACACUUUUGGAUCAGACGAGGAUGGGGAUGUGAGGAGUAUUGAUGUUAAUUGGUUGGGAAUACAUAUGGAAUAUACCAAAUAUCUACGGACAAUGGGUGAUUUAUUUAUUUUCUUAUACAGGUGUGGAUACUUUCGAUAGGGCUUGGUUUGGGGAAUGCAUCCAUUAUGCUUGAAUGAUGACUAUUUGAUUGCUCG